AUGACCUUUUCAAGCUUGAAAUUCACUCCAGUGGAAGACAUUGACGACAUUGUCGUCCAAAGCAGGAAAGCUUAUGAUGAAAGACAAUGGCACCUGUAUCAAAGCAAGAAUCCGAGAAAGGAGGACUUGAAACUUAGACUCAAGCAGUUGCAGAACCUAUACUACGGUAUCAAGGACCAUGAGGAUGAAAUCGUUGAGGCGCUGAAAAGCGACUUCAACCGUAGCAGUUACGAAACUUUUGUCAUUGAACUGAUUCCGCUUUACAACCAUCUCCUGCAUCUCAUCGAUUGCUUGCCCCGCUUGAUCGAGCCCCAGAAAAUCUCCGAGUCUUCCGAUUUGUUCAAACUGAGCUCCGUCACCGUUGAAAGAAUCUCAUUGGGGUCCGUGCUGGUCAUCGCGCCCUUCAACUACCCAGUUUUGUUGGCACUAGACCCCGUGGCUGCGGCAAUUGGAAGCGGAAACUCGGUUGUGUUGAAACCCAGCGAACAAACUCCUGCAGUAGCUCAAGUCAUGGAGAAAAUUCUAAAUACUUCACUAGACCCAUCGUGGAUCAAGGUUGUUCACGGCUCAGUGAAGGAAACGGGAAUACUCAUCAACCAUCCACACUUUGACAAGAUCUUUUACACGGGAUCUACCAAAGUGGGUCGAAUUGUGGCCGAAGCCGCAGCCAAAAACCUGAUUCCUGUCACCCUGGAACUUGGAGGAAAGUCUCCGGUCUUUAUCACAGAGCACUGUAAUCCAGGCAAUUUGAAAACUGCGCUGAAAAGAGCCUUUUCCGGUGCCUUCAGCAACAGCGGACAAACAUGCAUUGCAUCCGAUUACUUGUUAGUGCACGAAUCGCAAGUCGCGAAAGUGAGGGAGUUGACUAAAGAAAUUUUGGAUGAGUUCUGGCCCACUGUAAACUCCUCAACAAUUGAAACAGCCAUGAUUCACGAUAAUGCUUACAAAGGUGUUAUUGAAAAGCUAAAUAGCACCCGUGGUGAAAAGGUACAGCCUUCAGAUGCCAAAGGUGAGCUGCCUAACAGACGCAUUGUUCCUACUGUUAUUAUGGGUGUCGACUGGGACGAUGCUUUAAUGAAAGACGAGAAUUUUGCUCCAGUGCUACCGGUCAUUUCGUACCGUAAUCUUGAUGAUGCUGUUAGAAAGGUUUUGAAGGAACAUCGCAAUCCUUUGGCGAUGUAUAUCUUUUCUCAAAAUAAGCAAGAAGUCGACAAAAUCAUGACAAUCGUCAAAUCUGGUGGCUGCAUGAUCAAUGACACCCUUCUCCAUGUAGUAGCAGUCGAUGCUCCAUUUGGAGGUAUCCGUGAAUCUGGACAAGGCAACUACCACGGAAAGUGGAGCUUUGCUGCCUUCACGCACGAGAGAACAGUCGUCAAGCAGCCGUAUUGGAUUGAGUUUGUCAACGGCGUCAGGUAUCCACCUUCCUCAACAAGGAAGCUCAAAUUGGCGCGUGCAACAAUUGAGAAAAAACCGGGAUUCAAAAGGGAUGGAUCAAAAAUCUGGCCAGUAGGAAAAAUCGUGUUUUUCUCUGCAUUGACCGUCUUGGCCGCCAGCGCAUUGAAUUAUGUGCCCGUCGAGUAA